UCAAAGUCAGGAUCGCCGGAUUGCGAGUAACGUAUUCUUGAAGCACUCGGUUGCACGUCUCCCCAAAGUUAUGGCGUACAUUAUGAAACCGAUACCCAAAAGAAAAUUGGAUUGUCGUGAUCUCAGUUAUCCAGAUUUCUCGCUAACAAAGAGUAACACUCUCCCAUCAAAGGCCAAUCGGUUGAUGCAAAAAAGUGGCAAAGUGACUCUGCAGCCCUCCAGAGUACCUCAGAAGAAAAAGCUCACCAUGAGUGAUUUUUUCACGACCUUCGUCGAGGCUAAUUGGUGUUUGGUGAUUGGGAUGUACUUGGUUGUUUUCAUCUUCAGCUGGGCAUUUUUCGGCACAGUUUGGUUUGCGAUCUUUUGGCUCCGGUCUCGGUUCGAUAGUGGGGUCACUUGCGUGGACAAUGUUGAUUCAUGGACCUCUGCUUUCUUACUCUCUGUGGAAACGCAGACUACUAUUGGUUAUGGCGGUCGACAGAUAACCCCUCAAUGCCCUGAGGCCGUGGUCUGCCUUCUUCUCCAGUCUCUCGCUGGCUUCCUCUUAACUACGUCGCUCCUUGGCUUUUUUUUCGCAAAACUCUCCCGCGCUAAUCCCAGGAGCAAAAUGGUCCUGUUCUCGGAGUGUGCUGUCGUGAAGCUACACAACGACCAGUUGGCAUUAAUGUUUCGGGUUGCUGACGCGCGUAAGAGCCAACUGAUAGACGCGACAAUCUCUCUCCACUGCUUUCGUUUUAAGACCGACGAAAAUGGACACGAAGUGUUGAAGUCUCAAAGAAAAAUUCCGAUCACUAUCGAGCAUGAACAGGAGAGUGACGAGCUCAUCAAGCCGUUUCUGCUGAUACCUCUGACAGUAGUGCAUGUCAUUGACAAGCAAAGUCCGCUGUACAAAAUUGGGCCUCAACAGCUGGCGAAUUCCCGGAUGGAAUUCAUCGUUGUGUUAGAAGGUGUAGUGGAAUCAACAGGUAGUGUUAUCCAGGCUAAAACUUCUUACUUGGCGGAUGAAAUUCUUUGGGGUCAGAAGUUUUGCGACAUUUCCCUCUACGACGCGAUGAAGACGGACUUAUCGUCCUUUGACAAAACAACACCAAAGCCAACACCUGAAAUGUCUGCUGAGGAAUACGAACAAUCGAAACGAACACUAACAGAAGUUCAGGAAGACGAGACCCUGACAUCAGAUAGUGAAGAGAAGACUACUGAAAAUGGCGAUUGCAAAAUCUACAUUGAACCAAAUACAGCAUCGUCUACUCAGAGAUUCUACAAUUGUUGCAAAACUAAAUGCAAUUGCGUAGCCGUUUAAAGUUAUAAUAUAUGUUCCGAUGUCCUUUAUUCUAUACUGACCAAAAUUUAAAAAAAAAACUUUUUUAAGCACAUGUGGUUUUGUUGAGGACAGGCAGCAAUGGCAAAGAUCACAAGGUACUAAGCCGUUAAUUUACAAAAAAAUAAAAGAUAGAAAAAGAAAAAAGGUUCCAACGCGCACACUGACAUGCCAUGAACUGCGAUAAACAAUAAAUAAAAUAAUAAAAAGAGCCACGAAGAUCCAUCGGGACAAUAAACAAGCACCCAGUAAUCGGUUCCAAAGAAAAAUGUGCGUUGAUAAAUACAACAUGAUAAUUCGCCCACGUGACAACUUUUGAA